AUGGGCAUCAAGCCUCCGGACACCACCAACGACCUGGGCCAGUGCAGCAGCUGCUUCUGCCGCUUCAAGGCGUCGACUCAGAAAGCGCAGAGCCCGAGGUCUCGGGGGGUGGGUCAGCAGGUCUAUGAGAGCCCGGACGCCAAAGUCUGCGAGAGCUGCUUCCUGCAGUCGGCCCCGAAGUGCGGCGCCUGCGGUAAGCCGGUGAUCGGCACGGUGGCGCGGGUUGGGGAGACCGCCUUCCACCCCGACUGCCUGGUGUGCAGCGGUUGCGGGCAGAAGCUGACGGGCGCCUUUGCGAAGACGGACUCGGGCUUCAAGUGCGCCAACUGCCGGCCGUGA